AUGUUCACCCAUCCGCUCACAUCUCCUCACAGCUCUUACAAGAAGGCAGCCAAACCCAAGAAGCCAGCACCCAGAAGUCCGGGCGCAGCAGUCGCGAGAGCGCCAAGACCGGCGGAAGUGCUCGUGGCACUGUCGAGUGCACUGGUAGCCGCUUGGGUGGCGCUGCUCGCUGCUUCACUGGCCGAGCUACGUGCACUGCUGGCAGCUGCACUUGCACUACUCUCGAGUGCACUGGUCCCUGAAGAGCUUGACCCACUCGCCGCCGCGCUGGAUAGGCUCGAGGUAAUGGACGAAAGGUCGCUGCUAAGCGACUCGGAGAGGGAGGAGAGGGACGAUUCCAGGCCGGAUGUGGCCGACGACGCAGCUGACGCGAGGGAGGACCCGAGUGACGCCAAGCUAGAUGUGUCGGAGCUGGCCGGGUUUUGGGCUAGCAGGGGAUUCGCAAGUGCGAGGAGAAGAGUGAGUCGGACUUGCAUGGUCGGUUGA